AUGGCCCUGCCACGGACCUUUGUCCACGACAGCUUCGACAAGUAUCACUGCAUGAUGCGAUUGUUGAAGAAGGUGUGUUUUGAGAAUGGAGUCGCAGACAUGGCCCCCAAUCAAUUGCCCGAGUUCGAUGUGGGCAAGUGCCUUAAAGGCGAACAGCAGCUGGUGACGUGGGAUAUCGCCUAUCGCGCCCUUUGCGACCCGGAAACCGCAUCCAAGAGCGAGGCCCUACGCGCCUUCCUCACCGCUAGCGAAAACACCGGCAUCCUCAGCCGGCCAUGGAAGCCCUUUGCAGACCCAUCGCCGCAGGAAGAGACGAAAUUUGAAACCAAAACCUCGCCCAUUUGCGUCACACCCGCCAAGAGCGACCACUACGAUGUGGCUGAGAUAAAAGAGGAUACUUUGUGGCUAUCCAAAGAGGCGCAAAUCUCGGAAUAUGCAGCCCUGCGACUGGUUGUCCAAGAAUGGCAGGGCAGGCCAACCGCCCAGCUUCUGAGCGGCCUGACUGAGGAAGAAGCGCUCAGCGUACAGGAAGCGGCAGGUGUUGCGAACCUAGGAGCCUCGACUUUCGUCUCAAACUCGUCCAUUCUCGCUACACCGCUCGCCUCAAAGACGGCGCAUCUCGAAACCAAGCACCAGCGUCGCCUCCGUAUUCUCGAUCUAUAUCACUCCACAUGCGCCUCCAUCAUACGCAUCAGCCAGCUCCUCGUUUCCUGGGGCUGCGCGUCCAGCUUGCGCAACCAAACAAUUUACGGCAACGACUAUCUCAGCAUCGGUGCAGGCUGGAUCGAAGAGCUUGGCCAGGCUAUUACAGCAGCACAAGAUGGAGCGGGAAAUGGAAAAGCGCUAGACGAGUGCCUCAGGGCGUUUUCAACGAGAUGCGAUGCCUUGGAUACCGGUUAUGGCUGGGAUGUGGACGAGGCCAUAAUAGACGCUGCUUCCGAGAAGUGGGUUGUCGCCCAAACCACCGAGCUGUUGCACAUUCUUCAUCUGGCCCUAGUCCACGCCGACUUGGUUGUCAAAGACUUUUUGCCUGCAGCCACCAUUGAGGACUGGCUCAAGGCAUUUAAUUUCCGCGGCUUCUUUCGCGAGUUUCCAGCAGUCACGCCUCGCCAGGAGCCCCUCAUCCCAGUCAUACAGCUCUUGACCUCCCUCAUGUCAUUGACCAUCUUGAAAGUGGACAAGAUCAUGGACGACCUGGAAUCUGGAGACUGCAACACUUGGCACCCCUCGUCGUACAUUCUCAACUCUGCCGUUGUAGAGAGCAUCACCACCAUAUUUGGAGAAGCAAAGCUACUGGGUGCUAGUCCAGCCACACCACCUAUCUUUGCCUGGGCCAUCCUGACUUGGAAACUGACAAGCCGGGCGGGCUAUCAAGAAGAAGAACGUAUGCGUCUUCUUGAAGCAUCAGAUGGCGCUGGCAACCAGGAAUCAGAACCUUCAGUGCUUGAAGAAGCUGCAUUGACUGUCGGAAGACUUGAAAGCCACGAGUUGUUUGACGGCAAGAUGCCAUUUGAGGACCUUGCCACUGCCUGUUCAGCGGUAGGUGUUCUGGCUAUUGUCAAUCAGCUCGUUGAAAUGAGUUUGCCUGCGUUUGGGACGUCAAUCGACCGAAUUACCCAAGAUCGCAUCCGUUUGUUAUUCCUUCAUCUUGUUCGCGCUGCUGUUGGCAGUGAUAUUGUCGCAUACAGUCCGGAUCUUAUAGUGACUGCAUACACCAUUCUAGCCGGUGACAACACUUUCCGAAAGUGGGAGAAUGGCGAAGUCUCUCGCCAUGCUGACCCUGUUGUUGCAUACUUUUUGGAAGACGAAUAUGUCCUCAGACCGCAACUACUAAACGAAGCUCGCCUGCGCUACCCCUAUGAGAUGGUUCCAUUCCUCAAAUUCUGCAGUGCCUUGACACGUGGAGACAAAACAAUGCAGAACGGCGCCUCAAUACAGUCACAUGGACUUUCGGUAAUCCCAGCCGGCACAGAGGGAAUGAUCGUUGACGACAACUCCGUGCCGUACGUGGCGGUAUGGCACCACCAGCAUUCCACGUUAUCGUACCUUGUGGAAUUACUGUCAACGUAUCCUGUAGGAAGCAGCAAGGUGGAGACUGCUACGCAGCAGCCGGCAUCGCGUGAAAGCGUGGUCGAAGUUGUUGGGCUCUUUGCAGACCUGAUACACUCUUCUUUACACACAUCUGAUGGCGUAUGCUCGCCUGAGUUCCUCGAAACAAUCGGCAUUGGCGCCGAGGGUAGCCAUGAUACCAUCAGUCUCGUGCUCGCAAUCUUCGAAGAGGAACUCUUACAUCUCUGCCAGGAACCGAGCGAUGACUUAUCGCUUGAGCUGUUGGUCAACUGUACACACUUCUUAGAGGCCUUGGUUAUCAUUGCCCCACAACGAGUCUGGCCUUGGCUCGCUCGGAGUAAAUUGCUAGAGGGCGAUGGAAACGGAAGCUUGGCAACUAUCUUGAUUGGCACUGAGAUGGUUCUUGGACGAUACGACUUCCUCAUCGGAUGCAUUCGGCUAUACAGAGGGCUUGUAAAGGAUGCAGUGGGAAGAUCGGUAUCACGCAAAGUCCCUACAAAGGCAUUGAGUCGGUUCAACGCACUUGCGCCAUCCGAAAGCGGGACUUCGGAUAAAAUCAUGAGCACUAUUCUGUUCACCUUUGGUCGGACACUUGCCAGCGUUUACGAGACCUCAUUGAGCUGGAAAUACUCUCAGCCCAACCACCGCCCUGAGAUUAACAUCGCCAUCUGCGAAGUCUUCAGGACAAUCCUGGACCUUGCCUACAGCGUAGACGACUCGCCACAACUAUCCGCUAAGCUGACAAAACCUAUUGCGCCCAUUGCAGAGUACAUCACUCAGUUAUAUCUAACGCGUUCUGACGCAGAGCGCCCGGCGAACCCACUGAUGACGUCGCUACUUAUCGGGGUGAGCCCCAGCGACACUACAUUGCUCACAACAUCGACCGCACUAUGGAACCAGCAGACUCAGACAACGCUAGCGUUUGCCGACGUGCUUGUCCGAAUUGCUAUACUACACAACAAGCCCUGGACACAUUUGGAGCAGCAACUUUUCAAGGCCACGCCACUAUUAGCACGUCUGUACGCUACGAGUGAUAAGUGGAAGUCGCAGGUCGUAUUGUUACUAGAGGCUCUCGUGCGCGGCGCCGUACGUGUUACCGAACAAGAUGACUCGGAAAUGGCAGACGGAGACCUGAAGCUGUCCACCCGGAAGAAGGCCGAGCAUCGAGAACCCCCUUCGCUACUUGGUCACUUGGGUCCCCGCACUGCGAAGAACUUUUUGAGUGUGCUCUCUCAGCUAGAUGAACCGUUGAGGAUUGUGGACAUUCAGACGAAUGUGUGGAACCUGCUUUCAGCGGUGGUCACUUGCAAGCAGCAAUGGUUUUCUCUGUUCCUGCUUAAUGGAAGCACUCCACGGGAGUUUAUCCGUAGCAAAAAAGACGCAACGCACGAUUCGAGAAACAAGGCGUUGCUUACGCGAGCUCUCGACGCGCUAUCUGAUAUGCCGCUUCCAGAGAAAGAGCCUAGUGGUCUUCCAUGGCCGUUAUAUACUGCCAUGCUAGAGUUUGUGUCAUCUGCGCAAAACAACUGGUCAUGGGCAAUGGGCGACCUGCGACAACGCAAAGACUUGAUCCAGAAGUUGCUCGCGUUUCUUAAGUGGAUGGCGAAGCAACCCAAGCAACCGCGGAUGAGCAACAACAUCGAAACCCUAGAACGUUCCUUCGAGAACAGGUUUGCGUCUUUGGCUUGCGAAGUCAUUGCCAUGUAUCUUCAUAGUUCGCGGCAAGCGGGCGACAUCACCGUACUCAAGGAAGUCGUUCCAGCUUUGACAUAUCUACAAGAUAUGGCCCUGGAUCUACCUUCUUACAGCACGUCGUUGCACAGUUACCUGAAGCAGAACCUGGAGCAGCAAUACCCUGGUGUUUUGCUAUCCAACUUCAAGCGAACCACUCUGUACCCAGAAACCUUUGGUCGUGCUUUCUUCUACCACGUCGAUCUCGCUCAGCAACUCCUCGGCUUCAACAGCAAGUGGGCUGGUCCUAGAGAAGGCACUGGCUUUGCGUCUGAAGUCGAAAAGGCCAACUACAACUUGGGGCUGGUGGAGUCGCAAGUUCUGCUACUUCAUGGCUGGAAGCUGCUGGCUCUGGAGUUGAGUCAGGUAUUUGCAAAGGACGAGCGGAUUGUGAAGGUACUCACUGGCGUCAUUUCUAAGUGUAUGAAUGCCAAUUCGCAGUCGAACCUCCCAGAAGCUUUGUUCGGCCAGCUCAUGAUCGUUCGAGCGGACCUGUCAUUAGCUUUGUUGAAGAAGCUUGUUGAGGCCAAAGUCCGGACGACGGAAGCGCGCCAACUACUUGGCCCAGUAUGGAAAGCAAUUCGCCAAUCUACCCCCGACUUCGACAAUGUGUUUUCUAGCGACUCUGUGCAUUACUACCGGUCUCUAUUGCGCAUUCUCUACCUCGUCUUGCACUUCCAUCUCAUCGACGAUACAGACCAAUCCGAGGAUGCAAACUUCCGCUCGAGCUUCCGCGGCACCAUGCCCACAAGUCACAACACCUACACCGAGCCUAUUUCCACUCAGCUCCUCGAAAUCCUCCAAGACACCGUUGCCAAAGGCUUCCGCAGUCUCGCCACCCAACUGCACACCGACCCCGCAACCGUCUCACCCUCCGACUUUGCCCUCCUCACCGCCCUCCUCCAACGAAUCAUUGCCAUUCCAGAGAUGUCGAAAUGGCAACAACAAGCCGCACUCCAAUUUGCAAACAGCAACACUGUCCGCUACGCCACCAGUCUCUUCUCGUGGGCCGACCGCCUCACCAUACCCCAUCAGCAACACGCCUCCGGCAUGCCCGACCCCAUCUACGGCGAACUAAGCAUCCUCUUCAUUCUCUCCCUCUCCAGUAUCCCCACCCUCGCCGAAACAAUGGCCGUAGAAGGUAUCCUCUCACAACUCAACACGGCGAACAUCAUGCAAUAUUUCCGUCGCCCCUGCGGCUCCGGCCCCUUUGACAACCCACCCCGCAUGCACAGCAUCUGGACAAAAGGCAUCCUACCCCUCUGCCUCAACCUCCUGCUAUCCGUUGGCCCGCCCAUUGCAGCAGAAAUAUCUGGUUUCCUAAACCAAUUCCCCAAACAACUCGCUCGCUCCGUCGGUAGCAUCAAUUCAAACCCGCCCAGCUCCCGCAACCCCGCCGCCAGCAAAAUCACAGCCGCCAUCGCGAGUGAAAUCCAUAGUCUGGCGCUCUUACAUAGCAUUCUGGAGAAUGUGAGGAAGCAAGGGCCCAAACUCGGUAUUCAAGCUAAUGAGGUGGAGAGCUUGGAUUGGGAUCAUGAGGCUGUGAAGGAGGAUGUCGAGUCCUGGUUGGGCAGGAAGGGCGCGCUGAGAGAGCGUAUUGUGGCGACUGAUGAGAGGGAGUUGGAGUUGCUGGGUAAGAGGAAUGGCGAGGGUGAGGAUGCGUUGAGUUUGCUUGAGAGUAGGAUUUUGGAAGAGUUGGAGGAUGCAGGGAGGUGCUUGGGUGUUGGGAAUGGGAAUGGGAAUGGUGGGGCGAAGAAGUAG